AUGGAAGCAGCGUCACCGCCAGGGCCAGUCGAUCAACAGGUCUUGCUCGACCUCUCGACGAUGCUCUUGGAGACAUCAGAGGAGGAGCUGCUAGCUGGCAAGCCGAUCUCUCUGGAGCUAGACAAGAGUGUUGGCAAGCUGCAUGACACCUUCUGCUCGCCGGGCAACGUGGAGUUCAUGACGCUCGGAGCUUGGGCAGCCACGCCGACGCUGGGAUCGAAGCGAAACAUGUUGAAAGAAAAGCUCAGAGCGUACCUCGGCGAGCAGCGCUGGACACGGCCGCGACGGGUGCAAGGGAAUAAGGCAGCGAGGAGGGGCAGCGCCUUCUCUCCAAGGGCAGCAGCGACUGACUCUGCGCUCGAGCAGGAGGCUGAGAGCGAUGACAUCGAGAGUCGAUCUGUAAGCCUCUUGUUUCUUGCGAUCAGUAAAUUUGCGGAGCACCAUGGGUUGAGCUGCACGGGCAAGGUCGACAAGCAAGACCGACUGCGGCUGAUGAUGAGGGAGGAAGUCGACAUGGAGGCUGAGGAGGGCGAAGGCAUGGAGGAGGAGGCCGGUGCAGGCCCCUCGCGCGCUUGA